AACGGGCUCUGGGGGAUGGAAACAGAGGCCAGUUUGGAGGGGACAGGGAGGUGUCCUGGAGAGGGUGGCCGCAGCGGUUCUGCAGUGUCCGGACCUAGGACCUGUGUGUGCGGCGGCCAGCACCCGCCGGGGAGUCCGGACUGGGCUAAGGGCACCAGGAAAGGGACUGCACGGCGGCGCUGGGCGGCUGCUGCGAGGAGGAGGGUCUGGGAAAGCCCUGCAUUCAGGACGCCGCGGGGAGAAUUCCGGCCCCGCAUCUGUUCUCCCCCGGCAUCUGGACCUUCCCAGCCCCGCGGGGAGCAUUCAGUCCGGCAUCUGGACCUUCCCAGCCCCGCGGGGGGCAUUCAGUCCGGCAUCUGGACCUUCCCAGCCCGCGGGGGGCAUUCAGUCCGGCAUCUGGACCUUCCCAGCCCGCGGGGAGCAUUCAGUCCGGCAUCUGGACAGAGAACGCCCGGCCCGCGGCGGAGGAGCGCCGGGCAGGCGGCGACGCAGACUCGGCUCCUCGUGCUCCGCGCGGGGGUUUCCGCGUCCUCCGGGCGUGGCCGGAAAAGGAAGUCGGCGCCGCAGUGGCCUCCCCAGCGACAUCGGCGACCCGGGCCAAGCCCCGCCACCCUCCGGUCCGGCUCGGCUUCGGAGGCAGCGCCGGGACCCCGCGCCCGCCCCGCCGACCAGCGCCCGCCGCGCCUCCGGGCGCCCAGCUCAGCGAUGGGGCCGCCGCGGCCGCUCCGCGCCGGGGCCGCCCUGCUCUGGGGCGUCCUCCUCCGGCUGACAGCUGCUCAGGAAGCAAUCCUGCACGCAUCUGGAAUUGGCACACCUUCACCAUCUAAGGACUACUGCAUGGUCUACAACCCUCACUGGACAGCUCUGCCAACGACCCUAGAAAAUGCAACUUCCUUUAGUUUGAAGAAUCUGACUUCCACACCACUGUGUGAUAUUUCUGAUAUUCCUCCUGAUGGCAUAAAGAACAAAGCAGUUGUGGUUCAGUGGGGAACCUGCCAUUUUCUUGAAAAGGCCAGAAUUGCAGAAACCGGAGGUGCUGAAGCAUUGUUGGUUGCCAAUAACAGUAUUGUAUUUGCUCCCUCAGGGAACAGAUCUGCAUUUGGUGAUGUGAAAAUACUGAUUGCAUUUAUAAACAACAAAGACUUAAAAGAUAUGAAGCAGGCUCUUGGAGAUAACAUUACUGUGAAAAUGUAUUCACCGUCAAGGUCUAACUUUGACUAUACGAUGGUGGUUAUUUUUGUAAUUUCUGUGUUCACUGUGGCAUUAGGAGGAUACUGGAGUGGACUACUUGAAUUGGAAAGCAUGAAGGCAAUGGCAGACACUGAAGACAGAGAAACAAGGAGAAAGAAGGACGAAUAUUUAACUUUCAGUCCUCUAACAGUUGUAAUAUUUGUGGCCAUCUGCUGUGUUAUGAUGGUCUUACUUUAUUUCUUCUACAAAUGGUUGGUUUAUGUUAUGAUAGCAAUUUUCUGCAUAGCAUCAGCAAUGAGUCUAUACAACUGUCUUGCUGCACUAAUUCAUAAGAUUCCAUAUGGACAAUGCACGAUUGGGUGUCGUGGCAAAAGCAUUGAAGUGAGGCUUAUUUUUCUCGCUGGACUGUGCAUAGCAAUAGCUGCUGUUUGGGCUGUGUAUAGAAAUGAAGAUAGGUGGGCUUGGAUUUUACAGGAUAUCUUGGGGAUUGCUUUCUGCCUGAAUUUAAUUAAAACAAUGAAGUUACCCAACUUCAAGUCAUGUGUGAUACUUCUAGGCCUUCUCCUCUUCUAUGAUGUGUUUUUUGUUUUCAUAACACCAUUCAUCACAAAGAACGGCGAGAGUAUCAUGGUUGAACUUGCAGCUGGACCUUUUGGAAAUAACGAAAAGAAUGAUGGAAACUUGGUGGAAGCCACUGCUCAGCCCUCAGCUCCCCAUGAGAAAUUACCAGUAGUCAUCAAAGUACCAAAGCUGGCAUAUUUCUCAGUAAUGAGUGUAUGCCCCAUGCCAGUUUCCAUAUUGGGUUUUGGAGACAUUAUUGUACCAGGCCUGUUGAUUGCAUUCUGUAGAAGAUUUGAUCAGCAGACUAAUUCUUCUUCUUCAAUAUACUAUGUCUCCUCCACAAUUGCCUAUGCUGUUGGCAUGAUAAUUACCUUUGUUGUUCUGGUGCUUAUGAAAAAGGGGCAGCCUGCUCUCCUCUAUUUAGUACCAUGCACACUUAUUACUGCCUCAAUUGUUGCUUGGAGACGUAAAGAAAUGAAAAAGUUCUGGAAAGGAAACAGCUAUCAGAUGAUGGACCAGCCGGACUAUGCAACAAGUGAAGAAACCCCUGUGGCUGCUGGUGAACAGAUUAUCCAACAGUAAUAUCCUGUGGACCUGCUGUAAUGUUUCAACUGAUUUUCUGCAAAAAGAGUUUUGCUUUUAGAAUUGACAAUCUAAAAGAAUCUUCAAUGACAUGCUCGCAAAUAUACAUUUUUAAGAGCUAGUACUGUCAACUAUGUCAUACGUGAUUAAAAUACAUUUGCUUUUAACUAUAUUAAAGUUGUGCCUUCACAUUAAAUAUAAGGAUAUGGUCUGUAUAACUUUCAAAAUGUAAUAUAUACAGUAUAUUUUUCUAAAAAAAAAAAAAAAAAAAGGUCUUUAUCCAUCCCUGUAUUUUCCUUACUGAAACCUAUUUCUUUUCAACUCUAGUUAAAAGUAUUUCUGCCCAAGUGAAUUUCUGAACAGAUUUUACAGAAAAAAAUUAUGAAAAAUUUGUGCUCUGUAGAAAUUUGAUUAAGAUCAUGCAAGAAGGAAGUUCCAUAAUGAAAUUCCAGAAACUGCAGAAGUUAAAAAAAAUAUAAUCUUGGAGUAUGUUUAUAGCAUACAUUUUUGUUUUAUUUAAAUUCAUUCCUUUUUUAAUCUUGAGAACCUGAAUUGCUUCAAAUUGCUGUUUUAUGUUAGAAUAUUUUUCUCACUAUAGGGAAACCUAAUAUAUAGAACUAGACAUUAAAAUGAUACAAAAAUGGCAUCCACAGUUUUCAGUGGUUUGCUAUUUCCUUGAAGGUAAAGCUUAAAUUUCUAUAGUAAUUCAGUUUCACUGUGGUAUUUCUGAUCUCUGAAGUUUGGGCCUGUUGAUGUUCAGGCUUAGUGUAAAAUCCCUAACAAUCCCCUCUCCCACCCCUGCUCCCACCCCCCACUAUCUUAAUUCCUUCUCCUUUCUCCAAAGGAAACCACCGCUAACCUUUUAUAUUUUGGUGGAGGAUGGUAUACUAAUUUACCAGGUGUGCUUCCGAAGAAAGAGAGACAAAAGAGAGGAGACUGGGUGUCAGGGUCAUUUUAAUUUUACAUGACAGAAGUGUGAGUAAAUUGUCUUGGUGCCAGACAUUGAUGUCUCAGUUUUCUCAUCUGCAAAAUGAGUAGGUUAAACUAGCGAUUUUCAACUUUUUCAUCUCAUGGCAAACAUAAACUAAUAACUAAAAUUCUGCAGCACACCAAAAAUAUAAUUUGCCAUUCUGACAAAAAAAAAAUAGGUAUAAUUUUGAUUCAUCCACGCCGGACAGCUGUUGUGUCGGCUGUUUUCACUUAUCUAUUUGACAAUCUAAGGGGAGAGAGGUCUGUGCCCCUGACUAAAUAGUCAAUAUCUGUUGUGACGAUUCUUGCAGCACACCGGGUGCAGCACACUGGUUGAAAAUUGCUGGGUUAGACCAAUGAACCACUCCAGAACCUUAUAACUUUGGGGUGGGGGGGGGGGUGCGGGUAAUGCAAAAAACCUCUCAUUCUUUGCUUGUGACCUUGAACAUUCUCCUGGAAGUCAGAGGUCAAAUUGUCUUUCCUUUUUUUUCUUUUUCCUAAGAAAUUUCCAAAUAAGUAAUUCCAAAGGCAGUGGAAUUUUACAUUCUCUAGAAAUAAUAUACAAGAUAUGUUAGCCACUCUAUGCUCUUUCAUUCUAAAGCCAGUUCAGCUGGUUAAAAUUUAAAUCUAAUGCCUUUUUAAAUGAAUGAGAGCUUUGGUAUUAGACCUAAAUUUAGCAUUUGAGGGAAUUAGAUGCUUUUGUUUGUUCCUUUUGCUUAGUAAGUAGCAGAUAGAGAAGCUCCCUUGACAGCCCUCUGUCCACCUAAUACAAUUACAGAUUCUUCGGUAAAUGACAAGUAUCUGACCAGUAAGGGUUAUUCUUCAUUCUGUCUCCAUAAUAUCAAGUUUGAAUUUUUUCCAAAGAAUCUAAUUUAUUUGGCAAAUACUGAUAGAACACAUGAAAUGUCAUAAGAUCCAACUAUAUUUUCAUUUUUAAUAUCAAUAAAAUGUUUGCCGAAAUACAUCUUUUUUAGUAAAAUUAUCUGCAUUCUCAUCCCAGCUUUUUGAUAUUCAAAAGCCUCAACCUCAGCCACAUUUUAUGAAGAAUGUUAAGGAAAAUUUAAAUCUGUAAAUAUGAAAUUUUAGUUCUUUGAUACACAUUCUAUUGUAUCCAACCAUUAACUACCAAGGAGGUAAAAUUUCCUUUCUAGUUUGCUAUUAAAAAAGAAAUAGAGAAAUUCCUUAAGUUUCUCCAUCUUCAGUGUCAUCUUUACAUUAUAUUUAAAUAAUUCUUCUAACAACCCCACUGAAUAUAUUUAGAGAAAUUGCAACCAAGUACAAAAAUAUUUUAUGAGUCAAAGUAAACAAAGAGUAGGGGAGAUGACAAUUUGUCUUUAAAGGCUCUAUUACUUCUUCCUCUCUUGCCUUCCCAUCACCAGUAACUUUAAGGAGAAGAUAAAUUGGUUUUUUAACUAAAUAUGUCUUAAAAAACAGUACUAUAUCCUAUAUUAUUACUGAAAAAAUUGUUACUUCUUAGAUAUUUUCUAUGAACAUUUUUGCAACUUAUCAAACAUAAAUCACUAAAUAUCUCAAAUUGUAGAGUUUUCACUUCAGUUUACUUCAGCAAAGAUAAUUCGGUUUGUGAGGAAAACCUUGCUAUUCUAAUACAUUAUAUUUCAUCUUGUAUUUUCUUUUUAGAUGAGCAAUACUUUAUUAGUAAAAUCCACAAUUUCUUUUUUAGAAAGAAGAAAAUAUUAACCCAUCUGAAGUUGGCAUUCAUAGAUUUUAGUUAAAUGUCCAUAGAGAUUUUGUCAAAAUGAUACAUUUAUGUUCAAUACAAAUGAGCUUUCUAGUUUUCUUUUGCUCUUUCAAUUUUUUUCCUUAGAUAUAAGCAGACAUUUUUCCAUUUGACUAAAAAAGUAUUUAAUUUAUUUAAGCUUGAUCUCUAAAAUUUUAGCCUGAUCUCAACCAAUGAGAUUUCAAAAAUAUAGGAAUUGCAUUUCAAACUGGUGCAAUGUACUAGUUUGAAAGGCUUUAUAUUUUUCUAUUAACAAG